UAGAACACUUGCGCCACUUUGUGGAAUUGUCACAAAACUACAAUUGAACGACAUAGCAUUGGCCUGGGCGGCUUCCGUACAAUGUGACAACAGAAGGUCAAUCAUGGCCGCCUGUGCGAAAGGGCUCGAUAAAUGUAUCAUACUGCUGAGGUCAUGUCGAAAUGUGCAAUUCCAAAGUGAACGAUUUCUUUCCACGUCUAUGUGGCGUCAGGCUGACAGCGAACCUCCGAAAUUUGUCCCCCCAUCUAAACCUGUCAUAAUAGACAAAACGCAGACUCUGGCAUCUCUGCGAAAAUUCCUAAGCCCAGAGUUCAUCCCUCCCCAGGAGAGGACAAGCCCCCUAAAGUUUUCCAUUGAGAGGAAGGACAUGAUUCGUAGAAGGAAAGUGCUCAAUAUUCCUGAAUUCUACGUAGGGAGCAUCCUUGCAGUGACGAUGGCCGAUCCCAAUGCUAGUGGGAAAAUCAAUCGCUUUGUUGGAAUUUGUAUCCAGAGGAGUGGGAAAGGACUGGGAGCCACAUUUGUCUUGAGGAACAUCAUUAAUAAUCAAGGUGUCGAGAUCUGCUAUGAGCUGUACAGCCCCCGGAUACAGAAAAUCGAAGUGCUGAAGCUGGAGAAAAGGCUGGAUGAGAACCUGAUGUACCUGAGAGAUGCUCUUCCUGAGUAUAGCACUGUGGACCCCGAAAUGAAGCCUGUGCCCUUCUCCCCUACCGGAGAAGUGCCCUUUAACAAGAUGAAAGUAAGAAUGCGCCCGAAACCGUGGUCCAAACGAUGGGAGCGGCCCAAGUUCAACAUCCAGGGCAUUCGAUUCGAUCUCUGCAUGACGCCGAAACAGAUGGAGUUUGUGCAGAAGUUUGCCCAGCCCUGGCUGGAGUACGACAUGUUGAAGGAGUACGACACCUCCAAACUGGAGGAGAAGAUCCUCACUGAGGUCCAGCAGGAGAUUAGCAAGUGAGGAAGAUCAUCCAACACAACAUGGCAGUCGAUGUCGUGUUCAACCUUUUCCAAGAAUGAGAAAUGACCGUAAAAUCGUUUGAGUGAACGUGGACAUUGUGACAUUUUCACUCCUGUUCAAGCUCAGUGGCUCACUGCAUCACUGUAUAUGAUGAGACUAUGUAGUCGUGGGCUUCCCAGGCUUUUGUUUGUCUUAUCUAUGACUUUAUUAUAUGAGCUGCUGACCAUUACAUCUCUGUGCAGAUAUACAAGCAUUUGCAUUAUAGAACCUAUUAAACUGUCCAUGCUUUGACUUAAAUGUAGUCUUCUAUGUCUCUUGAUUGUUUAAUUAUUGCUUGUUUGUGCAUCCGUGAUUCUCUCACAGGUCUUUAUUCGCUUCAACCCGUGAUUUUUAAGAGGAAGAGUCAAAAAACAGAUGACUUAAAACCUCUGGAUGCUUUUCUCUGCCCUCUUUAAGAACAAUACAUUUAAAUUUGGUGGUGGCAGAGGAGCAGACAAGCCUGUGCUCACUUUUUUCUUGUUGAGGGUUUUAACACUAGGUGGCAUUAUUUCUCUAUUUAUGCUGCACCCACCGUUUCCAUAACUUGGUAUUUUUGAGGGGAAACUCCAGCAAUGUGGGAAAAAAAGUUGAAACCUUUUUUUGCUGGUUCAUUCAGCUUCUUAGUUCAAAUUCA